AUGGAGGCUGGAACCUCGCUCCGAUAUUUUUCGGGGGAGGAUUGCGACCACCGUGAAUAUCGACGGUGGAAGCAGUGGGUGGUCAACAAGAUGCGAACAAUGGAUAAGCUGGAUGAGGCUGCACGUGGCUCGUUCAUUUGGACCCUCCUGUCAGGCAAAGCGCUGGAAGUGGUAGAGCAUUUGAAGGAAGAAGAUUACCAGGUGAAGGGCGGUGAUCUUGUCAUCUUCAAGCUACUUGACAGGCGGUGGCCUGAGCUGGAUCGCACGGACGAGAUCGGCGAGAACAUCGCCGAGGUGUUCGCCCUUCGGGCGAAAGAAGGGGAGACCCUUCGUCAGUGGUGCGCCCGUGCUCGUGAGUGCUUCGACAAGUGCGCUCGCAAGACUGGCGUAAAAUCCCCAGAAGAGGCCCGAGGAUGGAUCCUGCUGAACCAGUCCGGAAUGGCAGAAGCUGAUCGUGCCAUCUGCUUAGCUCGAGCUCAAGGCGAUCUAAAGUUUGAUACACUGUCACAGGCCAUGAGGUCUUGCUUCCCGGACUAUGUCAUGCCGAAGCGCCGUACAUUGGGGGCCCAUGUUGUGGAAGAAGCGGGUUCCGGUCCCGUUGAGCCGGAGGAUUCAUUGCAAGACAUCGAGCUGUUUCUGGCCGAGCACGGCUAUGAAGAGUCAGGUGAACCACAUCUGACGGGUGAAGAGCUGGAUGAAGAGGACGCGGCCGAGAUCUUGGCCACGACCUGGAAGGAGCGACGCUCCGAGUUGAACCAAGUCCAAAAGGGUCGAAGGUUCACUGUAGUGGAUAGCCCAGCAGAGCAUUUCGUGUGCACUGCAGCUCUUUGUCCGGAGUUGCCCAAUGAAGUUUUGUUGGUGAGCAGUCCAGGGUUCGCCAUCCUGGACAGUGGCUGUGGAAAGACCAUUAUCGGCCAGGACACCCUCGAGUCCUUCAAGAAGAUCUGGACUCGAUGUGGCAUUCCGGAGCCACCCCUUCGAAAGGAAUCCAACCAGUUCCGCUUUGGGAACGGUGAGCUGGAGGUGAGUUCUCACAUGAUCGAUCUCCCAGUGUUUUUGGCUGGACGCCCUGGUUUUGUGAAAGCCGCUAUUGUGAAGGGAUCAGCCCCGCUGCUCCUGUCGAGGCCGGCAAUGAAGACCUUGGGCGCCUCCAUGAACUUCGGAGAAGAUAAGCUGACCCUGUUUUCUGACCGGGUUGAGAUUCCGCUGGAGGUGAAUGCUGCCGGACAGUAUGCUGUGAACGUGUCGGCGUUUCCGAAGCAUGCCGCCGAGUUGUUUCCGCAGCCUGUUUUGAAGCCAGUGCCCGAAGCCGUUGAGCCUGCAGCUCAACCAUGCCACUCGGUCUCGGUUGCUUUCAAUCAUCAACAUGCCCGUAAGAAAGAUUUUUGGGAGUUGAAGCCCCGGGAACGUUUGGUUAUUCGCCACCAUCUUAAACCCCGGGAAAGGUUGUUCACCCCGCAGGGCACCCAAUGCCCUAUUGAUGUUGAGAUGCUUCAAUCCGAGCGCAUAACCCAUUUCGAUACUCCGCCGCCGUUGCCUUGGGACCAUCGGGAUUCAUGGUUUGAGCCUGAUACUGCACAUGCCGCUCUCGGUGAACAACCGUGGACGGGUAGAACCGUCUUUCGACUUCGCUCCGAUGCCGUCAUGCCGUCAAUUGCUUAUGCCCAGGAUGAGAUCGAGCAGCUCCAUGUCACUCAGUGGACUGCCAAGCAGCAUCGACAGUUGAUGGCGCAAGUCAAGGUGCCUGAUCGGGAGGACCAGGUGCCACAAGAUAGGUACAAUGUCAUUGAGGUAUUCUCUCCACCACGAUUUGCACUAGAGGGUGCAACUCGGGGAUUUCGUGUUCUGUCGGCCGACCUCAGCACGGGAUGGGACUUCCGUCGGAAACGUGAUCGUGAAGACCUUUUGACACUCGUUCGAACCAAUCCGCCUGAUUUGCUAGUGUUGUGCCCGCCAUGCACAUGGGCAGGGGGCUGGUGGCACCUCAAUCGUUUGCACAUGGAUCCAAACGAGGUGCGACUUAGGGAAACGUGGACUCAGUUGUUUGUGCGUUUCUGUUGCCAGCUGAUGGAAAUCCAACUGGCGUCAGGAGGUAGAUGCUUGUUCGAACAUCCCCAAGAUUCGAUUGCUUGGAAAAUGCCAUGUAUGGAAAAGCUUCAAUCACGAUUGCAUUCCGUGUUUGUGGAUAUGUGCUGUUAUGGCCUUCGUGUCCCAGGCGGCUCUCUGAUCCGCAAGGCCACUAGGUUGGCAGUCUCUCAUGCCGACAUGAGAUGCCUAGGUAAGAAGUGCCCUGGUCCCACUCACACUGAUCACCAACAUCACCAGAGCAUAGCCGGAAGUUGGCCUAAAAUAGGUUCCAUCAGCAAGCAUGCAGCAAAGUAUACUUCGACCUUUGUCAGAGCUGUCCUUCGUGUGACCAAGGGGCUUCCGAAGACCGUUGGCCUGGUGGUUCAAUCAGAUUGUUCCACCGAAUGCCUAGUAGCUCACACGCUUGAGGACCUGAAUCAAGAGGACAAUGAAGCCAAGAUCAAAGACAGCCUUCGUCGAUUGCAUAAUAACCUUGGACAUCCUACGAAUCAACAGCUUGUGAGAGUCCUCAAGCAUGGGGGUGCCUCCGCGGCCGCUCUGGAAGCGGCGCAUCGGUUCUCGUGUGACCUGUGUCUUGCCCAGAAGACGCCUAAGGUAGCAUUGCCAGCUCAGGUCCAUCGAACUGUGGAGUUUAAUGCUGUUGUUGGAAUUGACAUCAAGUAUUUGCCUGGGUGGGACACCAACCAAAAGAUUCCAACCCUCAAUAUCGUUGAUCAAGCCAGUUCCUUGCAAAUCAUGGUCCCAGUGUUCAAGCGUGAGACAUCCGACAUCAUCAAGCAAGCGUUCAUGGAACGAUGGGUGUCUUGGGCAGGCAUGCCACAAGAGAUUGUGUGUGACCCUGCACGCGCCAAUGUGGCCGACGCGUUCACUGCCGUGCUUGAGCAGGGAGGAGCGAGCUUCAAGUUGACUGCCGGUGAUGCACACUGGCAGUUAGGUAAGACUGAAGUUCAUGGGGGCUGGUUUAGUCGAGCGCUUACCAAGAUUUUGUCGGAACAUGCACCCCGAAACCAAACCGAAUGGCUUGACUGUGUAAAUGCAGCGCACUGUAAGAACCAGUUAAUCCAGGUGUACGGUAUGACCCCAGCUCAGUUCGUGUUUGGGAAGAACCCUAGAGUGCCUGAGAACUUGCUCGAUGAACCCCUAGAGAUCGUACCUGCCACCUCGGCCCUGUAUGAUGAAGCCGUUGCCAAGCAAGUUGCAAUCCGACAAACUGCUCGGAAAGCAGUGCUUGACUUGCAAGAUAGCAAGGCGCUUCGACAAGCCUUGGCCGCCCGGCCUCGUGUGCAUCACACCUACAGCCCUGGAACUCAUGUAGCCUAUUGGCGAUCUCAAAAAUGGAUUCAUGGGUCCUUGGAGAAGACUGGACGAUGGUGUGGUCCUGCACUGGUGUUGGGUUAUGUGGGUCGUAAUCUAGUGAUCAUCCAUAAGAGACAAAUCUUCCGGUGCGCACCUGAGCAGAUUCGUCCAUCAACCCAAGAUGAGCUCAAGCUGACCGAAACUCCCCACAUGGAUUUUCUGGGUAUCAAGCACUUGAUCGAAUCUCAUCAGCUCGAAAGUAGGCAAUACGUUGAUUUGACCUCCGAGUCGUACCCUGGUGUUGAUCCUGAAAUUGGAGAAGAUAGUCCACCAGUCAUGGCCGACCGGUCUUCCGUUGCUGAGCGUAAUAAACCUCGUGUUGGGCCAUUUCCCAUGAAUGCACCUCCAGAUGAGGAAAGUGAGUCACCGGAGCCACCACCACUCAUCGACAAGAGUCCAAUGGAAGUGGACACACACACUCGCGGUGGGCCAAGUGUCGUGCCGUCUCAAGAGGCUGCAUAUGGCCCCGUCCGACCGCCGAGACGGCGUGUUGGUCAAAAGGAUGGCCCCAUGGCUCUGUAUCGUCCAGGACGAAUGGCACAAGAAGACUUUCAAGAGAUGAUGCAAGAGAUUGUUCCUGAACUACUUCAACAAGUCUUGCAAAAAGAGCCAUCCAGUAGUCCGGACCACACAGAUCCACCACCAGCCGGCGAAGGAUCAUCUUCGAGUUCGAGUCGAGGGACGAAACGAUCGAUCGAACCAACUGAAGCCGACGUUGAACCGGUCGACAAACGUCUCCAUGGGAUAGAAGAAGAUCUGUUAGUAGAAAGUGCCACUUUUGCCAUGGAUGAAAUUGGUGUUUGCUCGGUAGAACUCCUUCAAAGCCAUUCCAUGGGUAACCUUCAUGACGGUCUCGAUCAUAUUGCCAAACAAGAACUGGUGACUUUGUUCCAACAGGGGAUGCCUUGUGAAGUACUCGUCGCCGCAUAUAUGCAAAAGAAGGCCGCAAAAGAAAUUCCGGUGACAGGUAACCCUCCAGAGAUUCAGAAGAAAGUAGAUGAAGCAAAAUUGUUGGAAUGGAACACCAUUGAAGGAAAGCAUGCUGGUCGUGUCGUACUCGGUAAUGAGGCUGAUGAUGUUCGUAAGUACCUGAGCCAUCGCAUCAUGGGUAGUCGGUAUGUUAUGACCUUGAAAGUUGAAGACGAUGCCGCCCCUCGCUUCAAAGCUCGUUGGUGCCUCCAGGGUCAUUUGGACCCAGACCUCACCGCCAAGGCCGAGCUUGGAGACCUCCAGA